CAAUAUCGCUUACUGAUAAAUCUUAUAUUUCUAUAAAAUGAAAAUUUUACAAUUAUCGUUGAUAAUAUUGUUAAUGUUUUACAAAACAAGCGAUGUUGGCUGUACCGUCGAUUCCAAGAUAAUAGGCGGAAGUAGAGCCAGGUUCAGAGAAUUUAAGUACGCUGCAGUCUUCAUGACCUCUGAUCGUAAACCGACUUGCAUGGGCACGAUUAUAACCACAAAAACAUUGCUUACAGCAGCCCAUUGUUUUCAUUUAAUUUAUAAAAAAGCUAUUAUUCGUGUCAACAUAUCAGAAAUUUUUGUUGUAGCUGGCAGUAGAUACACGACGUACAAAGAGGAAGGCUACGAAGAAAGGAAGAUCAAGUAUGUAAAGGAAUACCCCAAUUAUUCCAUAAACGAGUACGACUUGAGUUUAAACGAUUUAGCCUUUGUAAUACUUAUUUCUCCUUUUACACUGUCUGAUUCUAUCAGGCCGGUUAAGAUCUACAGCAAAAUGAAGAAUAGAUAUAAGAAAAAAUGGGAUUAUUUUUUAGGAAACAGGGCUGUUUGCUACACCAUCGGUUUCGGAGCGACUACUUACAGGAAAGACAAUUACAGCCAUCUACCCGUAUACGAAAAACCAUCGGAGUACAUGAAAGUCCACAAAGUGAGGCUGAUGACGUACAAAGACUGCAAUUAUUAUUUCCCGUUCAAGAUAGCGUAUGUGGAAAAGAACGAUUUUAUCUGCGUCGAAUCUGCCAAUAAGAAGCACGGCUUGUGCGAGGGAGAUUCAGGAAGCCCGCUCGUCUGCGAUAAGUACCUUUUCGGCAUUUUCACAAGCUCUGAAGACUGCGGGGAACGAGGUGUACCGCAAAUAUUCAUCAACGUGGUAAAAGUCUUAAACGAAUUACCUUCAGUGGACGAUUUUCAAGUUUUCUCUGGAAGUAAUCUUAGACGGACCUUCUCUUUCAAAAUGGUAGUACUCGCCAUUAUGACAAUUCUUUAUUUUAAUCAAAAAUAUACAUCGAAUUUUUACUUUUAAUACUUUGUAACGAUUAUCAAACCAUCUAUCAGAUAAAUGUUUAUUUAAUAAUGCUAAAAAAAUUCUACACGAUUACGCAUGUUUCAA